AUGUCAAGCAAACAAAGACAGGUGCAUAUUUGUCUUUCAGGCCAUACAGCCAAUAUAUGCGACAAGCUACCCUCUAACCUCGGGCGUCUGUCGCUCAUUGACUCGUUGAUAUCGGCAUUUGGCUUGUAUUCCAAGUGUCUGUUGGUAAACGUAGUGCCGGCCUCGGCAAAAGAACUCUGUGUAUUCCACGACGAAAAAUACGUGGCAGAACUUCUAAAAGAAAGGCACGAGGAAAACACAAGCUUUUCCAAAGAGGAGGCCAAAUAUGGUUUGCUCUUCGACUGCCCCCCUUUCGCUGGUCUCCAUGAGUAUGUUUUGCACGUAACCGGAUCAAGCCUUAGUGCUGCCAACGUGCUUCUCCGAAAUCGAGACACAGAUUCUCAGCACGUGGUUAUAAAUUGGUACGGCGGCCGGCACCACGCACACAAGGCAGGUGCCAGCGGCUUCUGCUAUGUCAACGACAUUGUUUUGGCAAUCUUGAGGCUCCGCACUCUGUACAGAAAAAUCUUCUAUUUGGACGUGGAUUUGCACCACGGCGACGGUGUCGAGGCUGCGUUCAGGUUUCUGAAAUUUGUGACCACGUGCUCUGUACAUCGGCAUGAUCUUGGGUUUUUUCCAGGAACCGGUAAUUCCUCCGGCGCUGGCGCAUAUAACAUUCCCACGAAGCGAGGCCUCGGGGACAAAAACUUUAAGGACAUCAUCGCUCGAGUCGUCGCACCAAUAAUCGCAAAACACACGCCCGAUAUCAUUGUGGUGCAGUGUGGUAGCGAUGGGCUUGCGAGCGAUCCUAGCGGUGAGUGGAAUCUCUCUAUCGACGGCCUAGCAAGCUCGAUUUCAGGCCUCGUGGACAAGUUCCAAAGUGUGCCUUUUCUUGUACUUGGCGGCGGCGGAUACAAUCACACAGAGACGGCUCGAUUCAGUGCCUGGCUCACCAAAACAUUAAUAGGGGAUGUCACGGAGUGGGGAGACAUCCCCGAGCAUGCGUGCCUAGAUGCAUAUGAAAACGACGGGUUCCAAUUCUGGACGCCUGGCAACAAAGCUGGCAAGCCGGCAAGAUGUGACGAGAACAAAGACAUUGGUGCCAUCAGGGCAAAUACGCUUGAAUAUCUCUGGAAUUAA